GAAGUCGGAAACGCCCUCCCCUCUGACUGCGCAUGACGUUUUCUAAAUAUACGAAUUGGAACGAAAUUAUUUAUCAGUCGUUUUAGAGCUUUGAUCGUAGACGGACUGUAUUCAUAACGUUGCUUUGUAGGUUUUUUCAUGAAUAAAAGAAAAAAAUACUAUAAUUACCAUUGUGUAUACACAUACACCACGCAAAGGAAGAGCGAAAACACACGGUCGAAAGGAAACACGACGAAGAAAGGAGUGCGAGAUACGAGAAAUUGUAAAGCACAGUGAACGAAUUUUUGUAGAGCUGCUGAAGUAAUCUCUAGAAAAGGCGAUUGAAGAGUGUAGUAACAAAUAAGCAAGGAAAAACGAGGUGCAAGAUAGAUUAAUCGUGCUGACCGAGGCAAAUGUGCGGGAUGUAAUAAAGUGCGUGCAACGCAAGAGGAAGUUCAAACGCGAAGAAGGGGUGUGUGAUAAGUAUCUUUUUUUCGAUACCUUCUUCUAUCUGGUUAAUUCGGGAGUUCCGACUUGAACCGCAGCACACGGGAUUGUGUGGCAAACGGAAGUGUUAUUUUUUCGGGGCACUUGAUCGAAAGUGCGAUGUGACAAACGAUCAGCAGCAGCAAAUAUCUGAUCGAGUGAAAAUCGAAAUUUGCUUCGCGUUUCGCCGAGCGAGAGUCAAGUAUCAAGUCAAGUCUAAGUGAAGAAACCCCCCUUGGGUUGGUUUUGGUUGGGAAAGGAAAAAUCUCUGGCGCGGCUGCGACGCGGCAGCAUUUUCAUGCAGAACAGUACGCGCCGCGGCACACACACUGCUGCAUGCCGUUACAGUCACAGACGCACCAGCAGCACCACGACGGCAGAUGUACCAGCAGAAGCAGAAGCAGCAGAACGUCGUUGUCGUCGACUACUCCGUGGAGCAGCACCAGCAACUAGGCGACCGUCUUCUUGUUGUUGGUCGUCGUCAUCAUCGAAAUCAUCGCCGUCAGAUCAGCGGCAGCAGAAAAACAACAUCGUCGACAACGUCGUCGUCGUCGUCGGCCGGAGCAAAAGCAUGAAAAUUGCUCUGAAAAAACGCCAACGACCCCAGCAGCACGACGAGUCCUACUACCAAACACGACGGCCGAGCGAAGAAAAUGUUUUGAAAAGUGAUUUAUUUUCGAUCAUAUCUGUUUUUCUGGCUACCGAAGAGCAACAUAAAGUAUCACGGCUUGUAUAGGAAGAGUACGAAAAUAUUAUUAUAAAAGUUUCUUAUUGAUGAAAAAUCAAAUGAAGAGCAGUCGAGAAGAAAAAAAGUAAAAAAAAAUCGACCGAAGAAAAAAGCUGAAUGUGAAAAGAUGCAAUCACUGAGUGUGUGAAGAUGUAAAGCAAAACGACGACGACAACAAGCAGAGAGCAAAAGAUUUUGUCUUCAAAGUGAAUCAAUGAUUUCAUGAAUGAAAACAACAACCGAGUAUAACGGGGCCGAAGAAGAAAGAGAAGAAGCAAAAAGUCAGCAAAGCCAAGAUCUUUUGUCCCCGGUGUGAUUUUUCUUUUGGUUUAGUGCGUCCCGAUUCAAGGUGGGAUUGAAGGCAAAGUGCGCGACAAUUAAUGGUAACAACAACCAAGCAAGGAGGGUCUAAAUCUACACCAAAAGUUAGUGAAAACCUUUUGGAAAAGUGCGAAGUUCUAAAUGAAAACAACAAAAUACAUCUCGAGAAAAUAUAAAUUACGGCAAUAAAGUUUCCAGCAGAUAAAAAAGUGAAGAAGGAUCGGAAAGCCUGAAAGUUUAUACAGUAUACCCUAAAUUCACAAAAAAAAGUUGGAAAAAGUGUUUUACUAAAGUUUGGCCGAUCAUCUCGGCAAAUCAUGUAUCUUGUGUUUUCGCCGCUGAAUGGUUGGAAUAACAUUAUCAUUGGAUGUACCGCCGCAAAACCAACGGCAACCAGCAAUCUUCAUCUAGCAGAGAAACCUAGUGGCAUCGACCGCCGAUCACCGGAUUUGGAUUACGAACGCGAACAACCGGAACUCCUCGGUUUAAUUGCUCAUCGAUUAUGCGAUUAAAAACGAUGACGGAUCUUGGUGGACCACGGCUGAAGACGACACAUCGAAGCCGUUAGUGUAUCGAGCUACAUGGAUCGCAGAAAUGGCGGCGAUCCUUUGGCGCCUCCUCGGCCCCCUAAGUCUCUGCCCCGUGUUCAUCGUCCAAGGGCUCCCGAGCCGACCAUAAUGAGCGCCGCCGCCGUCGCUGCCAACAGUAAUAGUAACAGUAACAGUAACUUCAACAGCGCUAAUACGACGAUCAGUACGACUACGAAUCGAAGUCUCAACAACAACAACAACAACAACGUACCGCAACUAUCACCAAAACCUAGGAAUCUAAGCUCUUCAAGUUCCCCUGCAUGUAUCGUUAGUAGCAAUAUUAGUUCUUCUACUCCACCACCACCGUUGCCACCUGCCCCGCAAAUCGUACCAUUCACGGCGCUACACACGCGAAGCAGUAGCAAUAGCAGCAGUAGCAACAGCAGCAGUCAUCAUCUCCUUCACCAGAGUACUCACCAUCAUUCUCCUAGUAGUAAUAAUAACAAUAAUAUUAGCGGUAGUAAUAACCUAGCACAGCCAGCAAGUACCUUCUCGCGACGACGACCACCGGCAGCUUUACCCCCGUCAAUCUCGGUACCGAGCAUUUUGGCCCCAACUAGUGUAGAUACGACCGCGUCGAAUACCACGACACCGGCCGCUACAUCCCCAGUCACCCUGGCUGCACCUAGACCAGAGAACGAAAGGCUUACUAACGAGUAUGUCGAUACACCGUUUAGUAGACUGUCGCCUGGAUCGAACCGUCAGCGGUUUCCGGCGAAUGUUGUUGGAUCCCCGACGGCCACCAGGACGACGGCGGCAACCGGAACCGGAACGCCGUCCAUCCCCAUCAUCAGUGGCAGUGGUGGACUGCAGCAACAACAACAACAAAAUCGACAACAACUAUCAGUAUCGCAAAGUAAUAAUCGGUUACAUUCUCCUAGCACUAACAGUAGUAGCAAUAGUACGGCGGUGUCGACAAUUGGCAAGCCAAUCGGAUCAACAGCGACGACCACCACGCUGCAUAGCAGCAGUAGAAAUUUUAACAAUAAUACUAUCAAUACUAGGCCAAAUCAAUUAUCGCUGGGACAGACGGCGACACCGGCGACCGUUCCGAGCCCUCCCCGGGUUCCCGGAUCACCAACGCUGCAGUCGGCGGCAACAUUGCCCAUUACUAAGCAACCAGUAUCAAACAGCACCACCACCUUUAGUAAAGACUCGUCAGCGCACGAGCUGGAUAUCGACUUGCAUCCCGCCUCGAAUGGUGAUCUACUUAACUCCAUCACCUGUCCGACGUGUAAAAAGUGCCGAUGCGAAGAGUGCCAGCGGCCCCGGCAACUCCCAUCCCGGUGGCUUUGCGAUAAUACCUGUCUCUGCAGUGCGGAAACCAUUAUCGACUACGCCUCGUGCCUGUGCUGUGUCAAAGCCCUGUACUACCACUGCUCGAAGGACCACGAGCUGGAACGGGACAGUGAUACGAUAUCCUGCGCCGACGAUCCCUGUUCCUGUUUGCCGCAUAAGCGAACGACCCGAUGGGGCUGCCUGGGGGCACUGUCCCUGGCACUGCCCUGCCUGUGGUGUUACUGGCCGAUGCGUGGUUGCGUUGCGGUUUGUGCCAAAUGCUACGCUAAACAUUCCCGACACGGUUGCCGCUGCCAGUCGUCCCAGAAUGGCAGCAGCCUCGCCGGUAGUAUUCUCAGUGGAGCUGGCCUCGGUGGCGGUGGCAACGAUGGCAACAAUGGUGGCUCCCCGCUGGGUGGUGGUGCCUCGGAUCAUCAUCUGCACGGGAGCAACAUCAGCAGUAAAUUCUCCACCGUCAACAGUACCAGCCCUUUCGGAGGCAAAGGACACCACCACCACCACCAUCAUCAUCAUCAUCAUAGUCAUAACCAUAACGAUCUUACGCCCGAAAAGCGUCUGCUCGACUCCAGUCCAGAAUACUGAUAUAUGCUGUACCUGUAAGCGGGUGUUGGCGGUGGCCAGUAGUUCUCCCGAAACGCGGCCGGGUCGCGUUACCAUCGAACGGAGAGAACCAGAGCCGCCUAUUUCACCACCAACGAAAUGCACCCGCUGGCAGAGAUCACAUCGACGGACGACCACAUCCGGCAUUCAACGGUAAACAAUAGUCUAGUAAUAAUAAUAAACUUGGCGCGGACAACAACAGACAAUGCAUAUGCAUGAUGCAUCGAGCAUCCUGAUAUACAGAAGAAGCAGAAAAAAAGUUUAGAGCGAAGAUAAAAAUAGGGAAGCGGGAGGAAUGUUUUUAAUUAUAAUUUAACCAAAGACUGCAGACUAUUAUUGAGUUAUGUUUUAUUUUGAUAUAAAUAAUAUUUUCAAUGUAAAUCGUGCGUUAAAUAUAUGUAGAUGAAGUAGGGAGAGUUGCUCUGCGCAUCUUUCUAUAAGUUUACAAAACAACAACAACAACAACAGUCUCUAAUCGUAACAAUAACCUACAGAAAACAGUACAGUACUAUCUUCGGUAACCUUUUUCUAAGGAGGAGGAGGACAGGAGUCGAACAUUAUAACCCUUAUGGUCACAACACACGUUCUCAUUCGCACAUAUAACCACAUCCCAACUGCUACUACCUUCUAUUACUCAUUACUACAAUCAACCACCCAAAAAACACACUAUCGAUCGAGCUAGUUUUUCAUUUAAAAAAAUCAACCCAAAUUAAUUCAAUCACAAAAUUUUUUACAACAACAAAACACGGCUAGGAAGAAUGUUGUAGGAGGAUGCAUUAAAACAAAUCGAAACAAAACAAAAUCCUAGGUAGAGGAAGCGGGGCAAGUCUAAUUUAUUCUAAAUGUAAAAACAAACAAACUGAGAAACAAGAAAAAAGCGUUGGUAAGAAGAAAGGUGGGGACGCGAGGAGGACGUGGCCAAUCUCUCAAUUUUCCAGAGAGGUUCGAUUUUUUUUAUAAUUAGAAGAAGAACACAUGCCGCAGAAAGUUUGCUAAGGUAGCUAGCUGUUUGCUGCUGCAUUUUUCCUCCGUUGCCGAUUUUGGCGCUCGAGUGGUGUGCGCACAAGUGAUGUGGUGGUGACACCAUAGACGCGAUGCGAUGUCAACCGCUGAGCUGAGCGUGCGCGAUCGGCACCUCCCGCGUUUUUCGUUUGGGAAAGGGUAGAAUACUGCAAUGCGGUGGACCAACGUUCGUCAAUUUUGUGUUUUCGCCCCAAACGAAAUUGGGACUCACACGGGAAAUGGGACGAAUGCGGGUGGACUUCGUGAAAACAAGCCAUUUAAUCUUCCGGUGGGUGCGCGCGCGCACUGUUUUUAUACAAACAAAAACUUAUUGAAUUUUUUUUUUUCGUUCGAUUGGAAAUUUUUGUGUUUCGGUCAAAUUUUUCAAAAUUAUUUUUACAGUUUUUUCGGCGCACUCAUCGGAUGAAUAAAAAAUUUUUUUUCGAAAAGGGGGAGAUGUGCAGCAGCAUCCAGACAGACAGCGUUUUCUGCGGUAGCUUUAGGGAAUUAGAUAGGACAUUUUUCCAAUAGGCGUUGACUCAACGUCGAAUCUAUUUUUUUUAGUUUCUGUAUCCGUUUCCGUUUACCGUUAACCGAGUAAUUUAUUUCCUACCUUUAGUUUUGGGUUCAAGCAAGCAAAAGUGUGAGGAAAAGGUCAAUCUAGGGCGAGUGAGAGAGAGAGCGCGCAGGAGAACUAGGAGCACGACUGUUUCAGCGGUGUUUUAAAAAUACCGUUUUGAAAAAGCGCAAUGAAACAUUCUUCUUUUUUAAAAACAUUACUUGUUGUGGGAGCACACUGAGAAGAACGCGCUGGAAAAAGAACUAACGCGGGGGAUCCAGCUAGGCAAAGAAAAGAAGGUGUAAAAACGAGUUGAACAAAAUUUUGUAAAUAACUAUACAUAUUUAUCCAAAUAACUAAUUUAAAAAGCAAAAACACGAAAAGAAAACAAACAAACUGUUGCGAAUUUGCAAAAUGGAAAGGGGAUGUCGAGAUAUAGAUAGGAAUAUAACGCGAAAUGAGGAGAGAACUAUAUCCUUACCGAAGAAGAUAAGAAAAAUAAUUGUAUGAGAGAAAGGACACUAUUGUGCAAACGAAGAAGUAGAAAGGAGGUUAUGUGUAUAUAGGGAACUUAGCCGCGGGAAAGAAAGGUGCACAGAAGAAUCAAGGGGAAAUCAUAAACAUAUUUAUAUUUAAACCCACGCGAAAGAACAACUGAAUAAAUUGUAAUAUAUUUUUGGAUCGCUCGGGUAAUAUAAUGUAGUAUAUGCACCGAUCGUUCCAUGCAUGCAUGCAAGUGUAUGAUCGAGUCAGAACGAGGCGAGGCGACAGACGAAAGUCAUAGUCUCGACUGUGUAUGUGUGUACGGUUUGUAUGUGUGUACAAAGUGUAGUUAUUCUUUUGUGUAAAUAUUGGACCGAGCGCGCGCGCACAGGAAGGGAAAGAAAUGGAAGCAAGAAUGAAAACAAAUCAGCAUUAAUCCGAUAUGAGACAGAGAGAACACCUAAUUGCAUUUCCAAAAACAUUAAGAAACAAGUGAAAAUAAAUACGAGAAACCGGUAAACAUAUAAGGAAGGGAAACCCCUUAUAAUAGUCUCUCCACAUUGCAGGAAAAAAAACACAAUUAGAGAAAAUAUAAAAAAUUAAAGCCAAAUAUAACCCAGACUCGGUAUCCUUUUUUAUUGCUGAUUCUUCGAAAGUUUUUUUUGCUGGAAAUGACCGGAGUCGGAGUUUGCCAUUAUUUUGAUACAAUCAGAUCAGGAAAGAAUCAGGAAGCAACCUUUCAGUGAGAAGUUUUUAAAUUCCCAGUUUCGACUCGCGCGUUGGAUUCUUUUCGACAAAUAGUCUGACGGGCAGACAUGCAAGUAGCCGUAAGACGCCGCCGAUCCGAGCCCGGCCAAGUGAUGAUAACCUAUACGCCUGGGGCUGGAGAACACAAAUAUGUAAGCGAUAAUAAUCGAACGGCGACGGCGACCUAGUACCUACUGGUUCUACUACUGACUGACUGGUAAUAACUACGCGUACUGGUCGUGUUUGACAUUUUUUUUUUGGUUGAUGUUGUCCCGAUAUGAGAAAGAUCGUGAAAUUUGUGCAACCUCUACGUUUGCCUUCUUAUGAGGGUCACCACGUGGCUUCGUUGUCUAACCUUUACACAAAUGAUGUAGAAAUUAUGAUCGAAACGGUUCAAAAUUCCAACAUUACACGGGAGGAAAUCGGCACAUUGUCGGCUGGCGGGAAUCGUUUCUUCCAGGAAAUUGAGAAGCUUCCAGCAACAGCAGCACUACUCAAUGUGUUUUUCUUCUUUCCAACCAACUAUGAACCAUUUCGUUUCAUUUCCUGACACACAAAAGUGUAUGAAUCGUGCCGGGCCGGGCCUAAACGAAUCGAUGAAAGCUUGACACCGUACAUGAGGAAAAAACACACGCUGCCCCUGGACCAAGAUGGUCCGCAGGGUGGAGUAGUGGGAAGACGGAUGAGGACGAACAAACCAACCAACCAAACGAACGAAAAUCAAAACCAUCUGUUAUGCGAGUUUGUGAGUCUUGAAAGAGGGUUUUUUUAUUUCACAGGAAAAUAGUUUUCUUCUUCACCCUGCCGGUUUUGGUUGCUCGGGUCGGGUGUGUGCGUUGCGCGUUGUUUUGUUCCUUCCAAAAGGCCUUGUGUCUUGGAACGAGACUCGUUCACUAGCAAGCAGCUCUCGGGAGGGAAGUGUGUGAUGCUGCUGCUUUUGUUGGAAUUCGAGAUGAAAUACUUUCAAGGGUCAUCCCGAUGCGAAGCAUAAUGGUAAUGGAUGGAUGGAAGAUUCUUCCUUCUCCGAUCCGGUUCGAUCCAAUCCAUCCAUCCGCCCGCCUGCACGAGAGUAGCAGCAACAUGCGGCGAUCGAUCGUCUUCCCUUUCCGUAGAUCUACCGGUUGAGACCGGAGAGACAAAGAUCUUUUCUUCUUUCAAUUUUUUUUUCGAAAAAAAUCUUGCAUAAGUUUUUCUCCUGGUUCCAAAAAUCCUAUAGGUACGGCUUUAUGCGUAAACAAAUCGAUGAUUCCAUCGAAAUUCCUGGGAAACCGGUCGAUUGAUGAUACCUAGAAUGUUUUGCAAAUUUUGUUUCGUAAUAGGUUUGAUUUACCAUUAAUGAGGCGUCAUUUGAGAACGCCUGAAUCGCGUUUGGAGAAAUUUAGAAUUUUGCUCCGUCGCAUAUGCAUUUCCCGUUACGAAAUUGAGGGUGGUGUAUCCGCGAUCGCGGCCAAAGAAGGAAACAACUGGCAUGUUCAUUCAUUUAAAAUGCCAACUUGUGUCGUGUUCUGCCAGAAAAGUGCGUAUCGCCAUUUUGUGAGCUUGUGACACGGAUCGUUCGAGAGCCGACGACGACACCAUUUGACAUUAGUAGAGAGCAGCAGAGAAAAAAAAAAUACUCCGCACAUGUAUUAUUGCCUCCAACCUAGGCUAACACACUAUAGUUGGAUAACCACGGAUCAAGGGAAGGAAAAAUUGCGUCGCAAAUUUUGAAAAAUAUUUACUACUUGAUCUUGGUGUCGCCAAGCGCUUCGCUUUCGCGUGACAUGAAUCGGUACAGAGAACUAGAAAUUGAGUGGGGAAAAAUAUAGACACGAGUGCAGUGGCACUGAUCGUGUUUCGUUCUACUUUUUGUCUACGACUGGCUUAGUGUCUAAGAUCAUACCUAAAGAGGUAGAAAGCGCUAAACAUGAGAUUAUUAAUCGAACUUAAAUUACAGAAGGUAUCUUGGACUAUGUGGGUGUCCUUAUGAUCAUGAAUGGGACCCCUCGCUCGUCGCACAUUUUAGCGUUGCCUAGAUUCAGGCGUUUAAUUUCAAUACCGUUGCUUUAAAGGUUUGGGUCCAAAUCGUUGUUAAAGUUUUGGUCAGUUUCCAAAAAUAAUCGGGAGAUGGGGAUUCUGUUCUACAGAGGUCUUACAGCUUGAAAUUAGCAAAAAAAAAACUGAUGAUUGUUUCGGUCCCACCACUUCAGCUUAUUGGAGUCCAUUUCAAAGUUGAACCGACUACAGCAUGUUCAGCUUAACCCUGAAUACAUCCGAGUGAUGCACCGUAAUUAUAAAUCGGUUCAGAGAGCAUUCCAUGCUUCCAAGUACUGGGAAAUCUCGAAAAAAAAAACAAAAAAAAAAGUUACUGAUAAAAAUUCUGAAUGGAGAAAAAUUGUGCCGAAAAACUCAUGAUUCCGUUAGAUUUGAAUCGCUCGGUAGCUAAAUUUACCCCUUAAAAAAUGGUUCCUCAUUUGAAACCGAUCGACAUUAAGCUGCUUGCUCUAAAUUUGUUGCCCGAGAUUGCCAAAAUACACAAACUGUGUUCCCCCCAAGAGCUGUGGCCCGGCUCAACGACGACGACGACGAUGAGGACGCCGCUUGUUCCAAAUACUCCGCUCCACAUUUCCGUUAACCUACCCCGGUCUGUAUCUGUAUCAUCAUCCUUCGACUCGACUUUCCGCGCUCAUUGGCACCAAGAACGCGCGCGCCGAGAAUCGACGGACACGGUCCCGGUUUUCUGCCGUCGAUGCUUGUGAAUGUGUGUUUUCAUUUUUCGGGCGCUCUUAUAAAUAAAAUUCAUUCAUAAAGUUUUAUUCGAAUUUGAUGAAAAUAAAACGGAUGUUGUAAUUGUUAGUGCUAAAUUUAACGUCGUCUUCGUCGUCGCAGAACGUGCACUCACAAGACCCUGAUGAUGGUCGUCGCGAUGCAGGGAAAAAAACUGCGGUGACAAACAUCUGACGCUAGUUGUUGGUAGCGUUGAAAGUCGCAAAACGUGGCCCAAGCAAAAAAAAAGAUCUUCGAAGAAGCAGCAAUAUAAAAAUGUUCUCAGAGUACAUUUCGUUAUUUAUUAUUCAUACAUAUAGCUGAUGAUUGUGUCGAUGGGUAAAAUCAACUUUGAUGUAGCAAAAGUACCAUUAAAAAAAGCAAACAAAUAAGGUAAAAACAAAUCGAGCCAAGCAGAACAAAAUAACGUACCUUAGCAAGUAAACUAUUAGAAAUCCUUAGACGAAAAUGAUACACCAGAAAACAAAUUGAAUAAGGCAGUAGAUAAAUCUUUUUGAAUCAUUCUAAAAACAAAAAUAAAAAAACACAAAGAUUGCAGAUAUAUUUUAUAGACGUGAUUUGUUAUGAGUAGAGAAAAAAAACUUAAAAUGAAAAAAGAGAAAGAGAGAGAGAGACGAAAAAUAAAAUUAAAAAACAACAUCAAACUGAAUUGCCUUAUUGAGCUAAUUAACAAGACAAGACAAAGAAAACCAAAAAACCAGAACUUAUGAAUUUUUAUGUAUUCGCGCUCGUCCGAAAUUGGAACAUAAAAUCAGAUAUCAUCUAGUUUCCUCGCAAGUUUAUCCCUUUCUUUCCCUUUUUAGUCAAGAAGAAGUAGUAGUAGAUCAAGAAUAAGAUGAAACAAGACGUUCCGUAGAUGUGUGGAUUACACUAUAGUAGUUGCCGAUCGAGUGAGUGAGUGAGAGUGUGGAAAAGCGCGCCUGAUUGUAACAUUUAUUUUAGCGAAACAAAUUCAAUUUUGUAGGACAAACAACAAAACAAUUGAUUAUAUAGGAAUGGAAAAACAAAUCGCAAGUCGAAAAGAAAGGAAAUAUGAAAUGAUUUCGUGUAGGAUUUAAUUUCCAGUAUUAUCUAGUCGUGCAUUAUAAUUUAGCAGAAGGAAGAAAAAAAUGUAACUGAAAAUAUGAGAAAAGUACACUAUUAGAGAUGAGAGAGAAAAAGAGAAACCUAAAACGUUGAACGCUACUCAAGAACUUUUGCGAAUCGAAGAUGUGUUUUGUAGAACAAGAGAAACUAAACUUAACUGAAAAUAAAGGAUAAAAGAAGCAAAAAUUUAGAAUCUAGUGUUACAUAUUUUUGGAAAAAAAGUCGAUUUGUUGAAACGAAAAAAAAAUUGUUUUCUGUUUACUAUUUUGGUUCCAAUACAGAUGCAAAUUCGCUUCUUAAGGUUAUCAAGAAUAAAAAAGUAAAAGUCGAAAGAGAAGCUAAAUAAAACACGCAAAAAUGUCCAAAAUCUCGAUGUCAGACAGCAAGAAAGCACAUAUAGAAUCUUAUCAGCAUUACCACAAAUAAAAAGAAGGAUAAACAUAAAACAUAAAUACACACAAUGAAAAAAAACAAGCGCUAUAUGAUAUAAAAGUGGAAUCAUUACAUUGUCAACUGUACCUAAGCUGUUAUAUUUUUAAAAAUAAAAAUAAAUAAACGAAAUUUCAAAGCAAAUCAAGGAUGAUGUCAAGCAAAUUUAAAUUCUUAACAAAGCCUCUAACAAAGUUUCUUAUCCAAUUAUAAUAGCUGUUGCAAAUAAACAAACAAAAAUCAAAGGUAAAGGUUACAUACACAUUGAAAGUAAGCAAAAAAUAAAUAAAAAAAAUACUCCCACGAAAACUCCUCUAAUAAUUCUUGCGCAUCGCUCUUGUUUGAAUGGUUGAUAAAAAUUGAAGACAAGCCACAUUUUCAUGAAAUAAAAACUUACAUAAACAAAACUCAAUUUAUCACAGUUGAAACCUUUUGUCGACACAAACCGAAACCGAUAAAAAAAUAAACCAGUCCCCUAAAAUCAUCCCGAUACCAAUACUUAUCAUCCCCGCAAGAAAACACAGAAAGAAGUAUAAGGAAGAUAGCGAAAACAAAAAUGCACGGAAAACUGAAAAUGUUCCCUUUGAGAAGAAAAAUGUUUACAACAGAAACCGUCAGAAACAAUAUGUGUAGCUUUGGCAAUGGAAGAAGGAAAAAACUACUAAAACUACAAUGAAAAUGAUCAAUUAUGUAACCCAUAUAUACAUACAUACAUUGAUGAUGAACAUGAUGAUGGUGGAGAGAAAAAAACAAACAGUCGAAAGAUGGAUAGAGAGAAAGAGAGAGAGCGCGCGAGAGGAAAAGAAAGCGGUUGCAAAAGUAUAAAUAUAAAAAUAUAUUAAAGAAGAAAAAACAAAAGAAGAAAAACAAAAAAAGUUCUACUCCGUAAAUGCUGUGUAAAUUUCUGUACAUACUUAUAUUAUUUCUUUUUGGAAAAUUAUAAUUAUUUUCUAAUGUUAAAAUAAUAACAAUA